UGACUUCCUGUGUUCUGUAGUGACGGCGGGUUAAUUUUAGGUCUGAGCGUUGGUGGGUCGGCUCGGUUUCCUCCCUUCAUUCACAACUACUUCAUUUUGUGUCAAGUUUUGAAGAGAAUCUAAAUAUUUCCGUUCUUGUAAAGCUCACCUAUAUAUACUUGAAUUAUGAGUAUGUUUUGUAGUAAAUGUCAGAAAUUGGAUUCAAUUAUAAACGAAGUGUUUUCAAUAAUACGUAACUAAUAGCGGACGACAGUGCGGCCUUAUCAUGCUGGUGGAAGGGACAUUUUAAUUGGGUUUUUUGUUUCAAACCGGAGAUAAUCUGUAGUCUGAACGCAGGCAGUGAGCAUCACGAUGCCGGAAUGAUAAAACAAUUGAAUGUCAUCUAAAAAGGGAAUUCACAAAAACCGUUUCGAUUUGUUCGGGAUAUCCUCAUCAUAUCAUGAAGACCGUCCGCCUCAUCUUUACUGUGAUAUUAUUUAUUAAGGGUACCGGGAGCAGCUCCGAUGUCGACCCAGGAGUCCGAUCUCCCAAACAUAGCGAUCUAGACGUGUGUAACGAUAAAGUCCACACGGUUCUAGACGAGAACUGGCGAGAAAUUGGCAGCAAGCACUCCAGUCACUGUGACCAAAACUUGGGAGAGGGAUGGUUUAGGUUCAUUAUCAAUGGAAAACCUGCCCAGCUUCCAACACUAUGUAUAAAGAAUAAAGCGUGUGGGACAGUUGUUCCCCUCCGACUAGACCUCCACGAUCAACCACUUCCGGCAGUGAACCACUCUGUCCGUGUGUCUGUCUGUGGCUCCUAUACCAUCCUCGGGAAAUGGGACUGCUGCGUUCUACGACAGCCGGCGGUCGUCCACAAUUGUGGCGCGUUUUAUGUGUACAGGCUGCGCCCACCUGACAGGUGUGAUGUCGGAUACUGUAUAGUCAGUGAAGAGAAUCAGAUGAAGAUGCAUGCCUUUACAGCGAAAACAGGAGAGCCCUCUUAUGAAUUACCGAAUCCUACCUAUCAAGCAUCUACCACAACAGCGAGUUAUAUACCAUCUACAACAAAAGAUAACAGAUGUUCAUCAAAUGAACGACUGUGUCCAAAUGGUUGUGUCCCUUUAUCCCAAAGCUGUCCAAUGACGUUGGAUUUGAGCUCUCUGAGAAGACGAGUCGUUCAUACCUUUGAUACAGUACGGCAAACUCACUACUUCACUCACAAAACAACUACCAGAAAAACCCCAACAUCAAUGAUAAACUCUGAAAGCAGUUCAGAACAGGCAGUAACUACAUAUCAAAGCCAAAGCUCUCCCGACAGAACAACAUCUGCUGCAGAUAUCAACAACAGAGGUGUGUUUACCACGGUGAUAACGGCCAUGAUGACAAAAGAUGAAAAUACAGCAAAUAUUAAAGACACUGAUCAAACAACCAUAAAUAGCAGAUCUUCUACAUCACAUACCACUGUAACUACGUCAGGGAAUGCCAAUAUGUCCACAUCGUCUGUUCAUGUGUUUAAUUCACAAAGCAAGUCAGUUUUGUCAACACUUUCUCCGCCUAAAAUGACUAAGUCUGAUUCACAGGACAUAAACUCUAAAACAACACAUAAAAGUGGAUUCCAUGAAAAUCAGAAUGAACAACCUGUUCCUGAUGAAUCAUAUUGUGGUAUUACUCUAGCUUUUGGAUUUGAAGCUUCAUAUGUACAGAAUGUCAACUUCACAGACUUUAGAAGAAAAUUACAGGUAAUCUUUGCGUCGUUGCUGAAUAUCUACUAUGUUGAAAACUAUGGCGUUUAUAUUGAGGGAAUUUUCUCAUGGAAAACCAGAUAUCAUAGAGAAACUUUUAAAACCUACACGUCAUCUCACGUGCACUUUGGGCGGGGAGUCCGUAACCAAUCGAAUUACUACAUCAUAGUAUUUGCAGAGGAUAUAUUUAAUACUGUUCUGUACUUACCAGAUCGAGUGAUAUCAACACUUCUUCAGAACUCCACAGUCGUCCACUACAUAGAAGAAGAGAUAAAAGAAUUCCAUGCCACAUUUUUGAAUAAGACAUUGAAUAAUACGGAUGUGACGUCACGAGAGAAACCGUAUACACCAUUACUGUCUACUAACUUUGGACUAUGUAUAGCGGUAUUUCUGCCCGUUUCUAUUUGUGUCGUCUGCUCUCUGAUCGGGAUACUGAAAAUAAACAGCAAGAAUCGCUGUAUGAACCUCCGAAGGAAGUCAGGACAGUAUUACGUUAAGUGGGAGAGAGCAUUAAAACGAGAUGUCUGCAAAGGCAUAGGGUAUAAAGAAAAUACGAUGAAAGACAAAGAUACUAUCAAGGGCGAAAACUCGGUAAAACAGAAUUUAAUUCCUCCAAAAGACAGAGAUACAACGGAGGAAGACGAUAACAAGGCGAAUAUUAAGCGCGGGAAAAUAUUUGCAGACGACAGCUCGUGGGUCGUUCCCAUCAGAGAAUUUAACAAACCAAAUGUUGUUCAGGGGCUUCAAACAAAGCUUUAAGAAUUCGUGUCAUUUUUUCUCUCUCUAUUCUAUAGAAUAAGAUUUAAUGCUACAAACAAAAUGUUUGAUACAUGCAUAACUUUUUUGACUUCUUUUGGUUGUAUCAAAAAAUCUCUGAAAUACACAGUUUUUUUUUUUUUUUAAAUUAUCCUUCCAUUUUAAAAGCUCUUCCCAUUUGGCAACAUCCUCAUAAAUACUCUAAACAAAAAGAGUAAUGCUUUUUCUUUUGCUUUUAUUAAAUUGCCUCAGAUAAGUUUGUAAUUUUUUUUUUUAUAAAUCAUCGAAAAUAAUAAGCUAAAAGGUGAGAUUUAAACCAAAAGGUGUUUUUAUUAUUUGCCUCGAAAGGGAGAAUUCAAAGCAGGAUAUACCGGUAUCUAUAAUGAAAUGCAUGUAUGAUAUAAGUCCAUUGUGAAACACAAUGUUUUGCCAUAUCUUGCCAGUUAACUGAAGGAAAGUUUUGUGUUCAUUUUUAAGCUCAUGUCAGUUUAAAAUUGACAUGGAUUAUUUAAAUAUGAAAGUUAAAAAACUACUUAAAAUUGCAUUUUUACGAUAUCUAGUCAGUGUGCCAUAACUAAAUGACUUGAAGGGUAUAAUGUAUUCACAAGAAAGCGCAAGUUUAUACUUAGCGCAGAUUUUCAUAUACUUACCUAAUAUCUAUGCAUAAUUUUAUAUAUGGAAUUUUUGCCAUAACGACAUAAUUUAUAAAACUGAAGGAAUUUUUUGACUCCUUACAAUGAAACAUUUUAUGAGUAAAAAAAGAAAGGUCAAGCAUGAAGGUUGUGUACUCGUUAUUUAUUAUUCUAUCAUUAUUUAUUGAUCGUAAUGUUUACUUCAGGGUAAAUAUACGUGUAUAUUGUAAAAAUAAAUAUUUUUCGGACUGUU